ACAUCACAAGAGGAGGGGGAGGGGUGCGGGCUGGCCGCAGCCUCUGGAGGCUGUUGUUUUUUAACGGGUCAACAACAAGCGUUUGACUUACCGCCGGCUGAAGGGAGAGGCGGCAGUUACCUUGGCGUAAAGAUGUCGGAGAGUUCCAGCGAUAGUGAAUCAUCCUGUGGUUGGACCAUAAUUAACCAUGAAGGUUCUGAUGUGGAGAUACUUAGCUCAGACAAAGGAGAAGCUGAAGGCAUUUCACAGCCUUCACCAGAUCAACAACUUGACAAACCUUUUGAAUUGCAAGCAGAAGAAGCUGAGCACCCAGAACUACCAAUGGAAACUCUUCCCACCUCGGUUACGUUAGCAGAAAAAGAAUUAUUCUCUGAGCCAGCAAAAGGUAAAAUGGCUGAUGACAGUACUUUUGUUGGUGCAACUAGUGAUGAUUCAGAUAUUGUUACCCUUGAACCGCCACCUGUAGAAGAUCUUCAGGCUGUCCAGGAGGAAACUGAAGUUGCAGCACAAGAGCAAACAAACUAUGAUGAAUUGAACCUAGGCUCGUCUUCCAGCAGCCAGUAUACCUUUGCUCCACCAGAAACUGUGUCCACAAUUGAAGAAAGCAGAGAUGAAUCAAGUAGUGAUGAAACCAGUGGUAAAUCGAGCCCCACACUGCGAAGGCGGCGUAUUAGAAAAAAAACUAUGUCUUCUUCUGAAACUGAGGAGAAACCUGAUGAGGAUGUGGUGGAUGGUGAACAGCAGCAGCAGCAGCAUCGCUUCAAUACCACUCUGAAUAAAUGCAUUUUACUUGCACUGGUUAUCGCUUUCAGCAUGGGAUUUGGACACUUCUAUGGAGACAUUCAAGAUGGCAGCCAGUUGCCUCUGAAGAGGGGAACGACCCAAAUUCAGGAACAGCAAAAAAUAGUGAAGAAAAUUCAUGAAGAGGAAUUGAAUGAUGUUAAAGAUGAUCUUUUUCAGUGUCAAAAGGAUCAAGCUGGAACUGAGGAACUUUUGGAAGACAUAAAGGAAAAACCGGACAUGUUGCUUACCCUGACAGAGCUUAUGGAUAAGAUGAAAAAAGAAAACGAACAGCUCAAAGAAAAACAAGCUGAGCUUCAGUCACAGGGAGAAAACUUGGAAAUACGCUUGAAACAGACUGUGGAUGAGAAGCUUUCUGUUGAGUCACGUCACCAAAUACUUGCUCAAGAAAACCAGCGUAUGAAGGAAUCUCUGGAGCAUGAAGAGAAGGCACUAUCCUUGCUCCAGAAUGAGCUUCGGAAGCUGAGAGAACAAAUCAGAACAUUAGAAGGAAAGGGAGUAGAUGCUGAGAUAAUCAUCACUGAAAAUCAGAAGCUGAAGGAUCACCUGGAAGAAGAAAAGCAACAGAUACAUAAUUUUCUUCAACAGAAGGGAAACCUUGUGAAUGAGGCUCAGAUAUUAAGAAAGGAAUUAGACAAGGAAAGGGAAAUUACUGAUGCUCUGCGUAAGGAGCUGGAAUCUUUGAGUCAUCUUCAGUCCUCUGCUAAUUCAGAACAAGAAGGUAAAGAUACAGAGAACUUGCAGUCUAGACUUGCAGAACUGGAAAAGAAAUUAGAUUUUGAGCAGCAACGCUCUGACUUGUGGGAGAGACUUUAUGUUGAAGCUAAAGAAGAAAAAGAUGAUCCUGAAUUUAAGAAAAAUUCAAAGAAGCCAGAUAGGAAGCCAAAUCAGGGGUUUUAUGGUACUCGCGGUAAAAAGUACCAACCGAAAGAAAGUUUUAUGAGAUCUGUUAAGAAUGGUUUUGAUGCUGUGAAAAACUCAACUAAAGAGUUUGUGCGUCAUCAUAAAGAAAAAAUUAAAUUGGCAAAGGAAGCUGUAAAAGAGAACCUUAAAAAAUUCUCGGAUUCUGUUAAAUCCACAUUCCGACAUUUCCAAAAUUCAGCCAAAAAUUUAUUUCACAAAAAUAAGAGACGUGAAGAAGCACAGGAUGCAAAACCUAAACGUCAAGGGUUCUGGCAACGUCAUGACCACCCUUGUAGAGUAAACCAGCAUGGUGUUCAUGGAGGCAAAGAUUCCUGUCAGUAUAAACCCAGAGAAACCGCUCAUGCACAGUACCAGUACAGUGAUACAAGGAAACACAACAAAAUGUACACCAAGGAGCCUAUCAAUUUUGAAAGGAGUACAAGUGAACAUGACAACUUUGGAAAACACAUCCACUAUAGGAGCCCUAAGGGUUGCUCUGGUGUAUUUGAAUGUGCCCAUCAAGAAUCGCUGAGCCUCUUUAAUAAAGUCCUCGAUCCCAUCAAGGUUGAAGAUUUCCAUAAGCUUCUACAUAAUUAUCUUCAACAAGAGGUAGUUGAGUUUCAACGCUGGAGUGAGCUGGAGAAAUUUAUAAAUCGAUUCUUUCAUAAUGGCCUUUUUAUACAUGACCAAAUGUUGUUCUCUGAUUUUGUCAAUGAUGUUGAGGAUUACCUUGAAGAUAUUGCAGAACACCAAGAAGAUAAAGUUGAUCCUUUUGAUGACCUAGAUGAAUAUAUUUAUAGGCACUUUUUUGGGGACAAUUAUUUCAAUCGAUUUGGACCAAGUCAGCUUUAUGAUGCUGGUAAAUACAAACAGUACGGAAAGCAGUCAUCUAGAAAUGCAGAUGGCUCCAGAUACCAGAGGCAUGAAAGGAAACACCAGCAUACGUAUCACCAGAAAGAACGUAAAUGGAACAAGCCAGGCCGUACCAAUGGAAGACAAAUGGCAAACGUUGAAAUUGAGCUGGGCCCAAUGCCUUUUGAUCCAAAAUAUUAAUGGUUUUUACAUGUAUCAGUGUGUGUUUGAAAUGUUUAGACCAGAUCCAUCUGACUGCUCUUUGUGAUACAUGCCUAAGAAUGAUGAUAUUUUUUUCAAACAAUUUGCAUUUCAUUUGACUUUGAAUAAUAAGACUGUAGAGGUAGCCUAAUAACUUUCCAUCUCUAAUUGCAAAGUACUGGUCAAAAACUUCCUAAGCAGUUGCAUUGUGCAAGUAUGUUAUGCUAAGCACAGUUUAGCAUUAUGAAAAAGACUAAAAAGUUGCAGGAGCUUUAAUGAAUUUACUAUGUCUUUGUGUGUACUGGUGUAUGUGCAUGAGAUUGAAGUCUCAUUUCUUCCUUAGCAAGUUUGUAAUUUGCUAUCAUGUGAACGUAAAUUCCAUAAGGUGUAAAUUAUUAAUAUUGGUGUGCAGAAUUUCUUUUAUUUUAGAGACUGUAUUUUUAUUCUGUGGUGAAAAUUAGCCAUUUCUGUUCUUCCCUUCCCCCUGUUGUGGAAUGAUUUUGCACAGAUUCUAUUGCGAUUCCUGAAGGGGAAGAAAUGGGUUAUGCUUUUAAUUUGAAUUUAGUAACAUUGCAGCUACAUACCUUUUUUUCCAUUUGACAAAAUAAACAAUUGUAGGCAAAUUACAACAUUGAUAGUAAAGUGAUGGCUUAACUCUGUUUGUUUAAUAAACAGCCAUGUGUUGAGUUUUUAUGAGUGCUUCAGAAUCCAACAACCAGGAAAGAUCCAAAAAUAUUUUACAUGUAUACAAAUUUCUCUUACUAGCUGCAGGGCCAGAUAUGACUGCUGUUUUAAAAAAAUAAAUUCUGUAAUUUUGAAAUAACCUUUUUUGUUGUUUGUAACUGCUUAGUUUGAACCAUUUUUACAACUAUCACUUGACUUUCUCGAUCAAUUCAUUAUUAGUGACUUAGAAUAAACUCAUUUCCAAUAAGGGAAAUUUUCAUGUUGGGCCAAAAUAUUUGAGGAACCUCUUUAGGUGCGAUCUUUGUUUUCACUGAUAUGGUUACAUGAUCUGUUAAGUGAUAAUAAUAAUAAAAAAAAACUAUUAUUUAGGCACUUGGAGGGGUGGGCGUGGUUAUGAAUAUGCUGUAUUGGUGUGUGGUUGAAUAUGGCUUCUGUAAUUUAACUGCUUUGUGAUGUGUGUUCCAACUGUUGAGUACAAUGGUAGAAGUUUACUUCUGAAACUGAGGAAAGGAGCAAUGCCAGUAUAAUUUCUUGUUCAGAACCUUGUUUUUGAGGAGGAUCAAAACUGGUUCUGGUGGAGCUGAAGCAUGUGAACAGCAGUAUUAUUUCUGCUACAGUAAACACUUGCAACUUCCUGACUGCAUAAAAAUACAUUUAAAAAUAAUGCUUUUAUAAUUGAAUUUUAGACUUGCAGUACAUCUUUAGAAUGUGCAGAUUCUCAGCUAGUUCUCUCAUCAAUAUAAUUUCGAUCCAUAAUUGUUAUUUAUUUUAAACUCCAUCAUCUCUGUUCUUGGUAUCAGUCCCUUUGGCAUUUCAGAGAAUGCACGUGUACAUAGAGCAUGGCUGCACAUGUUGGGCAAUGAAUAAGAGCCCAUUCUGCCACUAAUUUCCUGAGAAGAAAACUAUUGGGAGUCUGUCCUUGCUUCUGAUGUCAUUCCUCUAAUGAAUCCCCUGUAUUUAUUUUAAAAUCUUGGGUACAAAUUGAAAGAGCCCUACAUGUUUAAGAAAACAACCUGCAUGUGCUUUUUUGACCUUUUUUUUACAUUAGUUAAGUAAAGGUACCUCUUAUUUUUGGGGUGAGAUCUUAGCUUUUCCGUGUUUCCUAUGUGAACCAUUUGAAUUCUUGGACCAAUACAUUUUGCUUUGCGCAAACAUAUAUUUAAAGAAUCACCAUUUGAUGUUGCUUUACUUUUUCUGUAGUCAUUUACUCAAACCUGUUGCCUUCAACCCACGAGUAUCCAAUUCCAGAUUCUUCUCACAUUCUACAUCUCUUUUCUAAUUUAAUCAUAUUGCUAGAGAAAUAUAGGUAAAUAAGAAUUAGCAAUACAAAAUAGAGACAAAUGUUUCUUUUUUUUUCUGAUUUCUUUAAAAACAAUUCUCACCUCUGGUUUGUCCACAAGGUUUUUAGGAAGGCUGAUUUUAGUGCAACAUAUUUGAACACCUAAAAGCAGGAAAAGAAAACACUCCUGACAUAUUUGACAUUGCUGUAUCAUAAGUUUCAGGAUGGCAGUGCUGCAUAAUGCAUUAACGGGCAUGUUUUCAACCAAAUGUGUAUCAAUUGAUGCUUCACAAAAUUGUCAUGUGUUCAAUAAAUUGGUCUAAUAUUU